UCCACAGGUCACAAAUUUCGAGGGCGUUCAGCAAGUUGCCAGGAGUCUCUUCGCGGACUGCACGGAAUUACAGUCCCGUCGAUCCGUCGCUCACUCAGCGAAUUCUGCUGAAGAGCUACGAAAUGUCAAAAAAUGAAAUGUCCAAUAGUAUGUUUCAUUCGUCAAGAACAGCAAGAGACUUCAGCGGAAGCAGCAGCAGUAGUAACAGCAACAACGUAUGCCAGAGCACUCCUUCGAGGCUUUGCAAGACACGAUACAACACAACGGCCCCCAUGUAUGGGGUGUCCCUCACCUCAGGGCAGCCUGUCACUAUAGUCCAGAAAUUCCCAGACCUGCUACAGCAGGUUGUCUACGAAGUGUGCGAGUGAGUAG